AUGGGAAAGGAACCCAGAAAGAAGUUUGUCAAGCCUGCUAAUCCAGUCGACCAGAUAUCGGCUCAGAAACAUAUAAACUCUGUCUUCAAAUUCAACACAAAACUUGGUCAGCACAUUCUCAAAAACCCCUUGGUAGCCCAGGGAAUUGUGGAUAAAGCCCAAAUAAAACCCUCAGAUAUAGUGCUUGAAGUUGGCCCAGGUACUGGUAACUUAACAAUGAAGAUUCUCGAAAAAGCAAGAAGAGUUAUCGCAAUUGAAAUGGAUCCCAGAAUGGCUGCUGAGCUAACUAAAAGAGUAGCAAAUACUCCAUUUGAAAAAAAACUAGAGAUCAUUUUAGGCGACUGUAUUAAAGUCGAUCUACCCUAUUUUGAUGUCUGUAUCUCAAACACCCCCUACCAAAUCUCCUCUCCUCUAGUAUUUAAAUUACUAAAUCUACAACGUCCUCCAAGACACUCAGUACUAAUGUUUCAAAGAGAAUUCGCUUUGAGAUUAUGUGCCAAACCUGGUGACGAUCUUUAUGGCAGACUAAGUGCAAACGUUGCAAUGUUUGCUAAUGUCACUCAUAUAAUGAAAGUUGGUAAAAACAACUUCAGACCUCCACCAAAAGUUGAAUCAUCCGUUGUAAGAAUCGAGAUCAAAAACCCAAGACCAAAUAUCAAUUUCACCGAAUGGGAUAACUACUUGAAAGUCAUCUUUCUAAAGACAAACAAAACUAUAAGAGCCAAUUUCAAAAGUAAAGCUGCAAUCGAUACUCUAGAGAAAAAUUAUAAAAGUUGGUUAUCCAUCAACAACGAUGGCGAUUUAAUAAUGGAUAAAGAUGCUCUUAAAAAUCUAAAAUCAACAGUUGAAGACAAGAUAACAAAUGUGCUAAAUCAAACAGAGCUAGGUUCUGAAAGACCUUCAAAAUGCGAUCAAUUAACCUUCUUAAAACUAUUAUACCAGUUUCACCAAGAAGGGAUAUAUUUUUCUACUUGA